AUGUCCAGGAAGAAGGCAGUGAAAAGCAAAGGGAGCUCCAAGAGCCCCAAGGCGUCUCCGAGCAGCGGGAGGACGGGGAAGGGUCUGGCCGCGGCUGCUGCUCCGUCCUCCGGGCUGGUUUACCCCAGCAGACCGUCCAUCAGCAACAGCGGGGAGUUUUAUGACAUCGCCUUCAAGGUGAUGCUGGUGGGGGAUUCGGGUGUGGGGAAGACCUGCCUGCUGGUUCGCUUCAAAGAUGGAGCCUUUCUAGCCGGGAGCUUCAUCUCCACUGUGGGCAUCGACUUCAGGAAUAAAGUCAUGACCAUUGACGCCGUGAAGGUCAAACUGCAGAUUUGGGACACUGCUGGUCAGGAACGUUUCCGGAGCGUCACACAUGCGUAUUACCGCGAUGCUCAUG